CAUCCAUCCUUAAACUAAUAAAUUUUCCAGUUGAGUUGAAUUCCCUUCCAAGAAUUUCAUGACCAUCUCUUCCCCACAAAUCCCCCAUUAACAACCAACCUUUUCUUCACAUAAUGUGUGCCCUACAUUCCUAAAUCUAAACCCCCUUCACAUCUUCACUUCAAAUUAAAGAUUGAAAUGGGGGUUUUAGGCGAGUCAUGGUGUUUCUGUAACGGUGGAGGUAAGUCAGAGAGAACCAAAGGCUCUAUUUAUUCCGGCAAAGGUUCCGCAAUGGCCAGGAUUUCUACCGGCGGCAUGUUUUCCGGGACCGGAUUUCUUAUUCACCGGAACCUGUUGCUUACGACGCACGCUAUUCUUCCCUCCGUUGCUUCUGCUGAGGCUGCUGAGAUCCGGCUUUUAAACGCUGUCGGUGCCUCACUUUUUCCUCACAGGUUUUUCAUAACUAGCUCCGUUCUUGAUCUAACAAUAGUUGGUCUUGACACCAUGGAUGGAGACUCAAACAUGUCAAGUCAGCAGCCUCACUACUUGAAAACCUGUUCGAAACCGAGUCUAAACCUGGGUAGCGUGGUAUACCUUCUAGGCUACACCGAAAACAACGAGCUAACUGUUGGCGAAGGAAAGGUGGUUAUAGCCACUGACAACCUUUUAAAAGUCUGCACCGAUGGUGUAACAUGGAGCCCUGGCUCGGCGGGAUUUGAUUCACAUGGUAACCUUUCGUUCAUGGUUUGUGACCCUAUGAAACUUGCCACAUCACCAAACACGAAAACAACAUCUGCGUCAUCGUCUUCUUCGUCCUCGUGGAAGAAAGACCUCCCUAUGCAAUUUGGCAUCCCGAUUCCCGUUAUUUGCGAUUGGUUAAACCAGCAUUGGGAAGGCAAUCUGGAUGAUUUGGUUAACAAACCGAAACUACCCCUUAUUAGAUUAAUGUCAACGGGCCAAAAAAGUGAACAAUCGUGCACGUCAUUCUCCAUGCGACAAGUUUUCAAAACUACCGAACCCGAAAACGACCCGACAACUCCAUCCUCAGCAAAUGUGACGUCGAAAUUCAAAGAUCAACCCGGGCCUAGUUCUUCCCCGGUCACGAACAGUUGCCAGGAUGAAACACCGGCCCAUGAUCAGCCCACUCAUGUACAGGGAAUCCCGACACCCGAGAUAUAUGAAUCGCCGAAACUCACAUCCGGUCCGUUUAAGAAAACCAAAAGCACCCAAAUUCAGCUUUUGGACAUCAAUUUCCCGCCCAAGACUGCUAGACCGAUCAGGCCAGGGCCAACGCUGCCUGUUAAAAAACAAUCAAAUUCUAUUUCUAUAACCGAAGCUGAUACCACUUCAAUGAAUUCGAUAAACGGAGCCGAGAACGUGGCCCGGUCAUGUUCGUCCCAGGGCGAGGUGUCUGAGGGGCAAAAUGGGUAUAUCAGUGAAGGAGAGACCACAAUGUACUCAGCAGAAACAGCGGAGAGCCGUAACUACCCGAGCCCUAAAGGAGGGAGGUUAGGUCAGCAGCAGGUAGGGAGGAGCCAGAGCUGUGUGAACUACAACCGGUGGGGUCCGGUGCAGGCUAGCCCGGUGGCUCGUGGACGGUCACUUGAAAAGCAGAGAAGCUACAUGCAGCAGGGUAGAAAGGUGGUUUCACAAGGUGCAACAUCUCAGAGGAGUAAUGACUAUUAUAGCCCUACAGUGUCGUCAAUUAUGAAGAAAAGAAACAAUUUGGAGCAACAAUGGCCUAACAGGUCUCGUCGCCCAACCGCAGUUCAUUCCUCACCAAAAUGGGCGUUUUAAUGUUGUUUUAAGUUAAUAAUAAUGUUUUUUUUUUUUUUUUAUAUUUCUAAAUGUGCAGUUUGAGAUAAAGAUUCAAUAAUUUUUUUUUUUUGGGUUCAAAACUCAAAAGUAUGAAAAGGGCUAGAAGUGAUGUUGUAUUUC